GAAAGCAGUCAUGCUGGAGAUGUUGGAGGUGAUUGGGGAACUGGAGGAAGAGUGUUAUUUCCAGCCUGCUGCUCUUUCUGAUAAGAGAGAGAUGGAUACUCUCAUGAGUGAAUGUAACGAUUUGUUCGAGAAGGGGUGCACUCAGGGAGUUUUACUUGUGAAGAGUUGGGGCGGUGAGCUGCCAGCCAGUAUGGUGGCGGAUGGGCACUUUCUUCUCGAUCGACCGCCGUUACCGUCUCAAGCGGAGUCCGCAUCUACACUGUCAAUGGAGGUGAGUGAUCCCCUCUGCACCAUGGAUUUUGUUGACGACACGACAUCAACAAUAGGGGUGGCAUCGCAGAUUACCACAGUGACUGCUAUACCAACUACAAUAUCUGCAACUGCGACGAUUCCGCUCUGCACCAUGGGUAUUCUCGACGACACGACAUCAACAACGGGAGCAGAAUCUCAGAUUAUAACUGCUACAUCGACUACAGCAUCUGCUCCCGUUUGCAUCACGUAUCACUGCUACAUCGACUACAACAUCUGCAACUGCGGAGAUUACUCCCGUUUGCAUCACGGAGAUAUCAAACGAACCGGGGGCUUUUUCCGUUCGAAGGGUUGCUUCGGUGGGUAUCUCGAUGAUAUCUAAUGGAGCCGGGGUGCUUAAUAAUCAAGCAUCCACAACAUC